AUGUUCUGCAUUGGUCGGAACGACAGAAACAGAUAUUAUAAAUUCGAUACGAAAGGAGCAGGGAAUCGCUGAUGGUGUCAGUACUUUUGCGAUGUCUGUCCAACGAAAUCCUGUUUGAUUUUUCGAUUGAUGUGUCUGUGCUAUAGAUAAUGGGUGGUAACAAAUCAGAGGACAAGGGGCUGGGGUACAUGUUUUCCGGAACACUACCCCAGGUUCUGGUAGUGUUGAGCUGUACAGUGAGUACGAUAGCAGAUGGCAUGUCUUUCGGUUGGUCUGCCCCCAUGCUCCCCUACUUCGACACACCAGGUGCCCCCUUCCAACUCACAGACAGCCAGAAGGGAUGGCUGGAGAACAUCUACCUCCUAGGCGGAAUCUGCGGUAUACCCUGCACCCUCUACAUCGUCGACAGAAUCGGAAGAAAACAUUCGAUCCUCAUGGCCGGCAUGGUGAAUCUGAUAGCCUGGAUACUGAUAGCCAUCGCGAAAGGCCCCAACUCCCUACUAGUAGCCAGAUUCAUGAUAGGACUGGCUGGCGACGUCGCCUUCGUCGCGACGCCCAUGUAUAUCGCGGAAAUUGCUGACCAAAAGAUCAGGGGAUUCUUAUCCUCGCUAAUCUACACCAUGCUGUUGGUCGGAAUCCUCCUGAUCUACAUCAUCGGUCCUUACGUCUCUAUAUUCAGCUCCGCUUGUGUGGCUUGCACCUUUUUGAUCCUCCAAUUGGUGACGUUCACCUUCAUGCCAGAAUCACCUUAUUACCACCUUACCAAAGGACGUUAUCAGGAGGCUAGACGUAGCUUGAAACGUCUCAGAACAAGGGUAGAUAUCGAGGAAGAAUUGACGGAGAUCAGCGAUGGGAUCAAACGACAAAACACGAAGAGAGGAAGACCUCUGGAUAUCUUCACUGGAAAAACCAACAGAAGAGCAGCUUUCAUCAUGAUAAUACUGAACGCGUCCCAACAUCUCAGCGGUUACACGGCUAUGAUGAUGAAUAUGCACAUCAUUUUAGCUACCGCAGAUUCCAUAUACAUCGAGACCAACUACGCUGCCAUGAUUUUUUGUACCCUGAUGAUGGCAGCAGCCUUGACAGCUGGUCUGUUUUGCGAUAGGUUCGGCAGGAAGAUCCUCCUGACCAUUUCCAGCGUUUCUUCGGGGUUGGUACUGUUCAUUCUUGCCGUUUUUCUCCACGUUAAACAUCUGGGUUACGAUGUUAGGGCGAUGAGUUGGAUACCUAUAUUUUGCGUUUUCUCUUACGCCCUCGUUUUCAAGAUAGGUCUAGGGGUAAUUCCCAUAGUUUUGACGGCUGAACUAUUUUCUGCAAACGUUAAGGCUGUGGGUAUGUGUAUGGCCGAUGGUUUUUACAUAGGUUGGGCAAUCCUAUCCGUACAUAUCUUUUUUUAUUUCAAUUCUUACGCCAUGUUUUUGCCGUUUUAUAUAUACGCAACCUGCGCGCUUUUAACUGCUUUUUACUGUGUUUUCUUCGUACCAGAAACGAAAGGUAAGACUCUGGAUGAGAUACAGAUGAUUCUGAGAGGUGUUCCAGUGUCCAAAGAGGGUCAGGAACAGAGUUCUACGGAUAAAUCAGAGACUAAAGUCGACAGUUCAGGUGGAAAAAUGGAAAACGAAAAGCAGGGUUUGAGGUACAUGUUUUCCGGAACGUACCCCCAGAUUCUGGCCGUGUUGAGCUGUACAACCAGCGCCAUAUCCGAUGGCAUGUCAUACGGUUGGUCAGCUCCCAUCAUACCGAAGCUGGAAGCCCCAGAUUCCCCCAUAAAAAUCUCGGAUACCGACAAGGAUAACCUGGAGAACGUCUACCUACUCGGCGCCAUUUUUGGAGUUCCCGUAACAGUAUUUCUAGUGGACAAAAUAGGCAGAAAAUUCACCAUACUCACCGCAGGACUCAUAAAUUUGGCAGCGUGGUUGAUUAUAGCUGUUGCGAACACAGCUACGUGGAUAAUGGUGGCUAGGUUCAUGGUUGGGACAGCUGGUGACGUGGCGUUCAUUGCUGCGCCCAUGUAUAUUGCCGAAAUAGCCGACCAGAAGAUCAGAGGUUUCUUAUCAUCGCUCAUCUUCACUAUGAUGCUCAUAGGAAUACUCCUGAUGUACGUUAUAGGUCCCUAUGUUUCCAUCAUGACAUCGUCUUGCGUUGGAGCCUUCUUCUUGGCUGUACAAAUCAUCACCUUCUCUUUCAUGCCUGAAUCACCCUAUUAUUACUUAUGCAAAGGUAAAUAUGGAAGCGCAAAACGUUCUUUAGAAAGACUAAGGGUCAAUCCAAACAUCGAAAAAGAAAUGUCAGAGAUGAAGACUGCAAUAGAGAGGCAGAAAUCAGAGAGUGGAAAGUUUAAGGAUCUUUUUGUUGGGCUUAACAACCGAAAAGCUUUGACCAUCAUGGUGAUACUGAACGGGGCUCAACAUUUCAGCGCCUACAGCGUCAUCAUGAUGAAUAUGCACAUGAUUUUGGGCGCCGCAAGUUCAAUUUACAUCGAAACCAACUACACAGCAAUGAUUUUCGCGUUGUUCAUGAUGGUGGCAGCGUUUUUAGCUGGAUUGGUUUGCGAUAAGUUCGGGAGGAAGAUUCUUCUUACCAUCUCCAGUUUCCUCACCAGCGUAGUCUUGGCGAUUCUGGCGGUUUUUCUACAUUUGAAACACCUUGGCUACAACGUGGAUGGCAUAAGUUGGAUACCGAUAGUCUGCGUUCUUGCCUAUGCUCUAGUUUUCAAAAUAGGCUUAGGACUUCUACCCAUUGUACUCACUGCAGAACUGUUCUCAGCCAACGUGAAGGCCAUGGGUAUGUGCCUGGCGGAUGCCUUUUACAUAGCGUGGGCUAUGUUAUCUGUGUACGUCUUCUUCUGGACGUCUAGGUCCUUUGGAAUGUACUUCCCUUUCUACAUUUUCGCAGCUUGUGCAUUCCUGACCUCUGUUUAUUGUUUGUUGAGCGUUCCGGAGACCAAAGGAAAGACUUUGGAAGAAAUCCAGAUGAUGCUUAAGGGUAUCACUCCACCACCGAAGAGCGUUGAGAUGGGGGAAAUGAAGAAGAAUGCUUAUCCAGAAUCUGUGGCUUUCCUAUCGGAGUGAAGAUAGGUAUUUUUAGGGAUAUUUCAAGAAAACAUUCCGAAUGUGUACUUUUUUAUUCAGGAAAAAAGGCAUGUGUUGAAUUUUUGACAGUAUAUUACUAUAAGAUGUAUUUUUAUUGUAAAUUAAUUUUAUUGUUAGAUGAAUGAUGGGAAUUGUUGAUUCCAUGACAUUUGAAAAGUUUUGAUACGUUUUUCAAGUACAGUACAAGGACUUGUAGUCUCAAGGUCUUGAUAAAGGACAUUACAGUCCCCUUUAUAUCCACCAGUGAUAUACUAGAGAUACACCACUGUGAUGACAUUAUAGGUACCUACGUGAAACAAUUGAAAUUGUGCUUGUUAUUACACGAAUGUAUUUUUUAGUGCUUUAAGUUGUGAUAAUAACCAUUUAUCUUAAUUUUAUGCAAUAUGGUUUAUCGUAGGUAGCGAUAAUUCCUACACCAAUUGUUACGAAAAUAUUUUAGUGAUCAAUGCAAUAAACUCAGUUCGAUAUU